AUGACCACCUUAAUCGAAACCUACUUUAACCCUUCCGAUCGAAUUGGCACCUUCAUCGACAACGGAAACUUGGAGAUAACUCACAUCCUUGGUGUCGGGGCUUACGGUGUAGUCUACGCUGCCAAACAUGUCCUCACUCAACGUGUUUAUGCCGUGAAAUGUAUGCACAAAGCAAACAUUGAUGCCCGGCAGAACCGAUUACAUGCUACCGAGAUCAGUCUACACGCUCAGCUCUCGGGUCACCCGAAUGUCAUCGGUCUUGAAAAGGUGAUUGAGACCGACGACGCCAUCUAUCUGGUCCUCGAAUAUUGUCGUGAGGGCGAUCUGUUUUCAAUGAUAACCGAAAAAGGUGGAUACCUGGGGAAUAAUCGCCUCAUCAAACAGGUUUUCGUUCAAAUCUUGGAUGUUGUCCAGUUCUCUCAUUACCACGGUACAUAUCAUCGUGAUCUGAAACCCGAAAACAUUCUUGUAUUUGAUGGUGGAAGGACUGUUAAACUGGCUGACUUUGGUUUGGCUACGACGGAUGUAUGGUCAAGGGAUUUCGGUUGUGGUUCAACUUUUUACAUGAGUCCAGAGUGCCAAGGCGGACUCUACAAGAGGGUACGAGGUUACGCGACCGCCCCAAAUGAUGUCUGGUCUUUGGGUGUCAUCCUGAUUAAUCUCACUUGUGGUCGCAACCCCUGGAAACAGGCUUGCCUCCGCGAUGAAACUUUUUCGGCCUUCCUGAGAGACCCCGACUUUCUAAAGACCAUCCUCCCCCUGUCCGACGAGCUUAAUGAAAUUCUGAAGGACGUCUUCAACCUUGACCCCGAGCAAAGAAUCUCACUGGAGGAGCUCAGAGAACGCGUUCUCGAGUGUCACAGUUUCACCAUGUCGGAAUACGACACCUACUGUAAUAAACCCUCUUCGAAGAGCGUUGAUCCUUACCAUCAACAACAGCCGAUAGACGUGAAACUGAUCGAUGUCUGCGACGAAUACACUGCGACCGCUCCGCGCAAACCACACCACAACAACUCGUCCACCAAUUCGUCGGUUACUGCUUGUUCGUGGUAUUCCAUGAAUUCGGAAAUGGACUUUUCCACACCGCCUUCCGAAUUCUUGGAUGACUACGAUCGUUGCUCGACCUCGACCGGCUCUUCCUCAUCACUGUCAACAUUGGCCACCAGUCAGCCCGAUUUACUCAAGUGCGUUGAUCCUGAUUCGGGAUUUGGCUUCAAAUGUGGUGACCUAAUCAUGGAAAACCACCUUUUCCAGACUGACUGCAUAUAUUAA